AUGCAAGGACUUAUCAUGGCAUUCGCUGCCGCUGUCAAACAAGAAUUUGCUGGCACAAUGGCUUGUGAAACUGCGUCGAGAGAACACUCCGGUAAACAAAAACUCUUAUGUCUGUAGUCAGCAUUUUAAAGCUAAUUGCUUCAUAAAACCAAUGGGAGGACAAAGAAUUCGCGUGAAGCCAGAUUCCGUACCGACAAAGUUUAUAUUUACUGUUGAAAAACCAAAGAGGAAAGAGCCCGCUGAUCGAGCAACGUUGAACACAAAGAAAACAAAAAUAGAGAAAUCGCAGCAGCAUUCAGCCCCCGAACCGAUAAACAUUGAAAACACCGUCCCGUGCGAUUUCCAGUUUUUGGAUAUGACCAUGUCGAAACAAACCGAAAGCUUCGCUGCUGACAUUCUUGAAAUCUUUGUUGGAUUCAUUGUCUUUAGCUUUUCUUUCAAUAAAGUAAGACACGAUAUUCUGAAUAUUAAAUGA